AUGACGGGCCCCAGCAGCGUCGCCAGGAAGGCGCUGGAGAAGGCAACAGCGGCGGCGGGCAGAGCCGUGCUGCCCGAGGAAGGGGAAUUCUAUUACUACAAAAACUUUGCGGCGUUCAAGGAGAAGGUGGAUGGGUUUCGUGGCCGGCUGCAGCAGCUGCUGACCUCGCUGCCGGGCGCGGGGGCGGCGCCGCCCAGCGAGGUGUUUGAGGAUGCCGAUGAGGCGGGCGACUGGGUGGCCGGCCUGCUGGACUCCACCUUGGAGCAGGUGGACGACUCGGUGGCAGAGGCGCGCCAGGCGCUGCAGCAGGGCCCCGCACCCGCAGGCGCCGGACCCUCUGGCACAGCAGCAGGCGCGCCGGCGGGCGUGGCGCUGCUGCCCGCCAGCGUGCAGGCGGCGGCCGGCGGGCGACGCGGCGGCGGCGGCGGCGGCGGCGGCGGCGGCGGCGGCAGCGGUGGCGGCUUCGUUUCGUAUAUGGACAGCCAGAGCCAAGUGCAGCAGCGGCCCCAGGAGGCCUUUGCUGAUCCGGUGGACAACUCCCGGGGCCCCUUCCAGCACAAGCUCGACAGCCUGGCGGGAGUGGUGGACGUGGAGGCGGCGGCGGCGGCCGCCGCCGCGGCCGCGGCGGCCGGCGCGCCGCAGCCCCACCCGCUGCAGCAGCGCCUGGAGGGGCUGCAGUACCCGGCCUGGCAGCUGGCGCGGGGCGAGGCGCGGCCGCCGCACAGCCACGAGGACACCCCCUUCACCUUCAUCGAUACCGUGCCGGCGCUGCGUGCCGCGGCCCAGCGGCUGGCCGCCGCGCGGGAGCUGGCGGUGGACCUGGAGGCGCACAGCUACCGCUCCUUCCAGGGCUUCUGCUGCCUCAUGCAGCUCAGCACCCGCAGCGAGGACCUGGUGAUCGACACGCUGGCACUGCGCGCGCACGUCGGCCCCGCGCUGGCCCCCAUCUUUGCCGACCCGGGUGUGGUCAAGGUGCUGCACGGCGCCGACUCUGACGUCGCUUGGCUGCAGCGCGACUUCGGCCUCUUCCUGGCCAACCUGUUUGACACGGGGCAGGCGGCGCGGGUGUUGGGCAUGAGGGGCCACGGCCUGGCGCACCUCCUCGACUUCUACUGCGGCUUCAAGGCCGACAAGCGCUUCCAGCUGGCCGACUGGCGCGUGCGGCCGCUGACCCCAGAGAUGCUGCACUAUGCGCGCAGCGACACCCACCACCUCCUCUACUGCUAUGACAAGCUCAAGGCUGCCCUCGCCGAGGCGGGGGACUCCGUGCCAGAGCACCUGGCUGUGGAGCUGCCGCCGGCCGCCUCGACGGCCGCGGCCGCCGCGGGCGCCGGCGCCGCGCUGGCCACGGUGCUGGAGCGCAGCCGGCGGCUGUGCCUGCUGCAGUACGACAAGGAGCGGUACAGCCCCCUCGCCUUCUUGGAUCUCGCCUCCAAGCUCAACGCCAGCCUCACAGACGAGCAGCUGAGCGUGUUUGGGGCGCUGUACGAGUGGCGGGACAGCGUGGCGCGCCAGCUGGACGAGUCCACCGGCUACCUGCUGCCCCGCGCCCAGCUGCUCAAGCUGGCGCAGGCCAUGCCCAGGACCGUGCUAGAGCUGCACAAGGCCCUCGGCCGCUCGUCGCCGGUGAUCAGCCGCCAGGUGGCAGAGGUGCUGGCUGCCAUCCAGGCAGCACGGCAGCCCGAGGUGGUGGCAGCUGUCGGGGAGCAGCGGCAGCAGCCCUGGAAGCAGCUGCUGGAGCAGCAGCAGCAGCAGGCAGCGGCGCCGGAGCCGGCUGCAACACCAGCAGCGGCGCCUGCCGCAAGGCCGGCCCUGCAGCCCAGGGCGGUCAAGCCGCUGGUCGCGUCUGGCGCCGGUGCAAGCAACCUGCUGGGCGCGGCCGUGAGUCGCGCCGGGUUGGCGCCGCCGGCGGCCAAGCCAGCGCUGCAGCCCAGAGCGGUCAAGCCGCCGGCAGCCAGCGGUGGCGGCAGCUUGUUUGCAGCAGCAGUGCCGCCUCCCAUUGUGGCAGCAGCAGCGGCAGCAGAGCAAGCCACCGAGCCGGCUGUGCCAGCAGCCGCGGAGGAGCAGGCGGCCGCAUCAAAGCCAGCGCUGCAGGCCCGGCAGCUCAAGCCGCUGGCUGUGCAGCAGGAGGCGGCUGCGGGGGGCUUGCUUGGCGGCACGCCAUCGCUGGCAGCCCUGCAGCCGCAGCCUGCUGCAGCGCUGCCGGCGCUGGGCAGGGGAGCGCCCUCGGCAGCAGGCUCCCUCCUCGGUGCGGGCGCCAGCACCAGCACUGCGGCAGCGGCAGCUGCGGUCAAGGCCUCCUUUGCCCUGCCCUUUGGCUUUGCCACCUCUUCCCAGGCGCCAGCCGCGGCGCCAGCCGCAGCAGAGACACCCGCGCCGGCCGUGCCGGCAGGGGAGCAGGGCCGGCAGGCCGAGCCGGAGGCGGCAGGCGGUGGCGGCGCCGGCUCGCAGCGGGAUGCCAUCCGUGCGGCGGUGGAGGCUAUGCGGGGCGAGCAGGAGCAGGCGCCAGCACAGCAGCAGCAGCAUGGGCAGCGGCAGGGGCAGCAGGAUGGGCCGCCGCCAGCUCAAACGGCGGCAGCGGCGGCGGCACCAGCCAGGCCGGGUGUUGGCAGCGACCUAGGGGAGUUCCUGCCCCUGCCCAUUUCAGAGAAGUAUGGCAAGGGCGCGGUGAAGCGGCGGCAGCCGCAGGAGCAGCAGCAGCCCGGCGGCGGCGGCAAGAAGGCGCGGCGGCAGGCGGCGCAGCACGCGCAGCGAGAGCAGCACCUGAAGGCGACGCUGGUGGAUCUGGGCCUGGAAGAUGCCAGCGAGGAUGAGGCCGAGGAGGCGGCGGAGGCUGACCGUGGCAGCGACAAGACGCGCCAGCAGCAGCAGCAGGGCAAGCGUGCCAAGCAGCAGCAGGGGGCGGCAGCCGGCCAGCCACAGGGUGGUCAGCCAGAGGGCGGGCAGGCGCGCAGCAAGGCUGUUGACUAUGAGGCUGCCCGGUCAAAGUUUGACCUUGGCAUCGUGAACCCUCAUGCGCAGCCCAAGGAGGAGGCCGGCGGUCGCGGCGGCCGCGGCGGGCGCGGGCGUGGCGGAAGAGGUGCGGCUCGCGGCGGGCGGGGGGCUCCUGGCGGGCGCGGCGGCGGGCGCGGCGGCGGGCGCGGCGAGGCGCUGGCCUCCCUCGUGCCGCCCGGCAAGUUCAACCCGUACGCAGCGCCGGAGCUGAACGCGCUCAAGGGCGGCAAGCGCAGCGCGGUGCACGUGCGCAGCGGCAACCGCAGCAUGACCUUCAAGGAGUGA